AUGGCACCUCAAAGCAAACCCCAGGCCGAUGGCGUCGAGCCCAAACCCGAUGUCAACAUGAUUGAGACGGCCAAGGCAGACUCUUUGUGCGCCGAAAAGGGUGUUCUCGGGGCAGAGCUUGACUACUCGGGGGCAGUCAAGAAGACAUCCCAGGAGGAGAUCCGCCUUGUUCGCAAGCUGGAUUACCGCAUUAUGCCGACACUUUGGGCAAUGUACUUUCUCAACUACCUUGAUCGCAAUGCCAUUGCCCAGGCUCGUCUGAAUGGACUUGAAGACGACCUAAGGCUCAAGGGGACAGAGUACAACACCUGCAUCUCCGUUCUUUUCGUCGGCUAUCUGCUCAUGCAGAUCCCAUCCAACAUGCUCAUGUCGUCGACCAAGGUUCGCCCUUCCAUUUACAUGGCGGUCUGUAUGAUGGCUUGGGCUGUUGUCUCUGCGUGCACCGCUCGCGCACGAAGCUACACCGAUCUUGUUCUGGUCCGCUUCUUCCUCGGCGUCGCGGAGGCACCCUUUUACCCCGGCGCUCUUUAUCUUCUCGCGACGUUUUACACGCGGCGAGAGAUUGCGACGCGACUGUCGAUUUUAUACUCGGGGAACAUUUUCGCGACGUCCUUUUCGGGCCUCAUUGCCGCAGCUACGUUCAACACUUUGGACGGGGCACACGGGCUCAGGGGCUGGGAGUGGCUCUUCAUCAUCGAGGGUGCGGUCACUUUCGGCGUCGCGGCCAUCGCUCUCUUUACCCUGGCCGACAGCCCUUUGACAACGCGGUGGCUCACGCCGGAUGAACGCCAACUGGCGCAUGAUCGCAUGCUGCGCGACACCGUCGGACUCGAAGAGAGUAAGGGCGUCAGGGCGGGCUUCAGCCAAGCAGUGCGCGACCCGCGCCUUUGGCUGUUGUGCUUCAUGCAGAACAUGCAUCUCUCGGCCUGCUCCUUCAAUAACUUCUUCCCGACUGUCGUUGGCGCUCUGGGGUUCAACGACACGCUGACCCUCGUACUCACCUGCCCGCCAUACCUGGUCUCCGGAUUCUUCGGGUACUUCAUGGGUCUGUCGUCUGGAAAGUACAACGAACGGACCUGGCACAUCACCGGUUGCAUGGGCCUCGCGCUCGUGGGCUUCAUCAUCUCUGCAGCGACGCUCAACAAAGCGGCAAGAUACAUCUCCUGUUUCAUGUUUGCCAGCGGCGCAUAUGCUGUCAAUUCGAUGAUACUAGGGUGGGUGUCGGCCACGCUCGGCUCGACGCCUGAGAAGAAGGCCGUCAGCGUGUCGGUCGUCAAUGUCAUCGCCAAUGCGUCCUACGUGUACACGGCGUAUCUGUAUCCCAAGUCCGACGGACCCCGCUAUCUCAUCGGAAUGUCGAGCAACGCCGCCUUCGCCGUCAUGUGCAUCGCGUCAACUUGGGUGCUGCGAGGCUGGCUGGUCCGAACGAACAAGAAGCUGGAUCAGCAAGGGGAUGCAGGCGUUACGAGGGACGCGUAUUAA